AUGAAUCAGCCUACACUAUGGACUCCUUCCCCACUCCACACAGCAGCUAGGAAUCUCAUCAUCGAGACCCUUCACACAGACCAGGUUCGGCUAGGAUACCUGUUCCACAAGUACACUGCCCACAGGCUGAUCCAGCGCUUCAGAAACUACAUAAUCUGUCGAGUGAAAGCCACCCGAGACACUGGGAAAGGUUAUGAGAUGCAGAAACUCUAUGUCAUGCUGAGCAAAAUUGAUGGCUAUCAGAAAAGAGUGAUGCAUGUCUGGACUGAGAAGCAGAAGCUUCUGGAAGAGAAACGGAAUCAAUGCCUGAGGAAAAUGAUACCUUUAUUUGGCCAGCUCCAAGAGACAUAUAAAUUGAAUCUUAGUCGACCAAUUCCUUUGCACAUCCAUAAGAAGAAGAUACCUCCCUCUAGAGAAUUUGUUCAACAGACAUUCCAACAACAGACAUUCCAACAACACACAUUCCAACAGCCACCAGCAGAAGAGGAUAUGCAACCUGUCAAGAAUAUUAGACACCAAGAUGACCAGAUGGAUGCCAUCUGGAAAACUGAUAUAUGCGAUUCAAGCUACCCAAUAACAGAGAAGACACCAACAAAUGUACCCUGGGACCAGCUGGGUGGAUAUCCAGACAUUCCGAGGCUGCUCGAGUUAGACAUCCAGUCUACCUUCAGGAAAUCUCUCGCGUCCAUUAAAACACGGAUUAAGAAGACUCCUAAGUGACUAUAAAAAUUCAAUACAAGCAUGUUCAAAACAAAUUUCACUGUUUCAAUAAAAUGCCCAGUUUGUUUUUCA